UUUAGGGGUCCCUGUGGGUCCCUAUGGGGUUUGGGGGUGUCCCUGUGGGUCCUCUGGGUCUGGGGUCGCUGACACGCUGCCCUGUUGCAGGCGGGGGGGCCGCGGGCGCCCUUCUCCAUGAGGAGGGGGGGAAGAUGCGGACGUGGCCCGCGGUGCUGCUGCUGCUGGGGGGGGUCCUCCUGCCCCACUGCCGCCCCCUCCUGUCCUCCCUGCGCAUGGCCGCCAUCCUGGACGAGCGCUCGGGCUGCGGGCGGGGGGAGCGGCUGGCGCUGGCGCUGGCGCGGGAGCAGCUGAACGGAGCGCGGGGGGGGCCGCCCCGCGCGCGCCUGGAGGUGGACAUCUUCGAGCUGCAGCGCGACAGCCAGUACGAGACCACCGACACCAGUGAGCGCAC